ACUUGUAUCAGUUCACGGGGCGGAGCUGCCUCCUGCAAUAUGGCGGACGCGCAGACGUAUCGCAGCAGCGGGCCAACCCGCUCAGUGAGGCGUCAACGUACAUGUGUCUAUGGGUCCCUCCGUCCGCUUCAGACCGGGUUAGUGCUGCAGAAUACUCCGUCCGGCCUGCUGUCGUUUGACGCUCCGCCUCGGGUUCCGCUGCUCGUCGCUUGGGUCCUUUUACCGUUUCCAUCCUCUGUCCGCAGGAUGAGACGGGCCCGCGGUGCGCUGCGCACUGUGGAGUCAUCCGUUGCAGCCGCUCUGCUGUCUGAAGCCUGGAGCUUCAUCUCCAAAAAUAAACCAUACGAAUUAGCAUCACACACGGUAGAGGGAGUAAGGAGGAGUUGUGCUCGGCAGACAUCACUGCUCCAUCCUCCCUCAGCGGGCUGAGAGACAACAACCGAAUCACCCCUCUUGAGCCGUUUUGGACAGAAACAUCUGGAACGUUGCCGCUCUGCAGCUAUCGGGUUUUCGACAUUGUGGUCAUUCCUGUCUGUCGGUGUUAUGGCUGUGUUGCUGGUACUUCUUCUGCUCCUCCUGUCCCUCCACACUCCAAGUCAUGCAUCUCCUUCCUGUCCGCUGAGCUGUCGUUGCUACAGUCUGACGGUGGAAUGUGGCUCCACCAGCCUGAGGGACAUCCCCAAACAUGUUCCUCCAUCUACACAGACCAUCUUCCUCCAGGACAAUGUGAUUGGCCAGAUCCGGCGACACGACCUCACUCUGCUAAGGCAUCUGCACUACUUGUACCUGCAGAACAACACCAUUUCAGCAGUGGAGCCUGGCUCUUUCCAGAACCAGGGUCAGCUGUUGGAGCUCGCUCUGAACGGAAAUCGGAUCCACCUUGUUACAGCUGACAUGUUUCAGGGGCUCGAACAUCUGCGCAUUCUUUACCUGGCAGGAAAUGACAUCACACGCCUGCUGGACUAUACCUUCCAUGGCUUACAGCGUCUGCAGGAGCUCCAUUUGCAGCACAACAGUAUAGAGAUGUUGGCAGACCAGGCUCUAGUUGGUUUGACUUCUCUGGCUUUGCUGGACCUGAGCAGGAAUAAUCUACACACAAUUGGCCCUGCGUCCCUGCGCCCUCUGGUCAGCCUGCAGGUGCUGCGAAUCACAGACAACCCAUGGCGCUGUGACUGUGCUCUCCACUGGCUGAGGAGCUGGAUUGAUGAGGAGGGCCAGCGGCUGCUCAGCUCUGCAGAACGUCGGCUCGUCUGUACAGAGCCGCCACGCCUUUCUCACCUAAGCCUUGUGGAGGUCCCCCUCAAUAGCCUGGUGUGUAUCCCACCGCUGGUGCAGCUGGAGCCCAGGCGGCUAGCUGUGCACCUUGGAGAGAGCCUGAGGGUGUCCUGCCAUGCUUCUGGUUACCCUCGGCCACAGGUGACCUGGAGGAAGGCAUCCCAGGGUAAAGUGGUGCUUUCUCCCAGAGGCCUGGUUCAGGAGCUGGGUGCUGGAGGAGGUGCAGUGGGCAGAGCAGAGGAGCCAUCAGAGGAAGGCAGAGUCAGUCUGCAGAAAACUGAAGGGGAGCGCUUUGACCCUGACACUGGCAGUGGAAUGUUGUUUCUCAGUAAUGUAACUGUGGCUCAUGCAGGUUUCUAUGAAUGUGAAGCCUGGAAUGCAGGGGGUGUGGCGAGGGUGACCUUUCAGCUUGCCAUCAACUCAUCUACUUCCUCCUCCUCCUCCUCUUCCUCCUCCAUCUGGGCCACAUGGUCCCAGGUGUCCUCGCCAUUCUCCCCCGCCUGGCCCCGGCUAAGGAGCCACGGUCCUGCAUCGGGCUCAGAUGUGAGCAGGGAGCCCCUGUACGCUCUGGGCAGCAUGGCCUUCAGCUCUCUGGGAGCUGCCACUCAGACUGCCAUUGCUGUGGGCAUCAGCCUACUGGCUCUGACUGCUCUGCUGUUGGUUGCCAUGAUCUACAGCCGUCAUCACCAACGAGAGAAGGAAGCUGAUGGAGCUGAUAAGGAGGAGAGCAUCCUGUAUGUGAACGACUACUCUGACGGCCCCACCACCUUCGCCCAGUUGGAGGAGUACCGUGAUGAGCGAGGCCAUGAGAUGUAUGUCCUCAACAGGGCCAAGCCCGUGCUGCCUCCCGCUCCACCCACAGCCGUCUCUACCACCAACCUGGGAUGCCCCGCUCCAUCUGACACCUCCAGCCAUACCCUGUCCUCAGGGCCAGGCCAGACCAUGAGUCCAACUCUGGCCCCCAGCAAGCAGCAGCAGCAGCAGCAGGAGGGCGACAUACGGACCAUGAGGAGAAUGGCGGGGGAGGGUGGGGAGGCUGAGCCUGUGAUCACAUCAGAGGCUGAAGGGCUGUUUUUAAAUCACACAGGUCUGUUCAUGGACUCUCAGAUCGCCUAUGAGAUCCACUGUUGAAGGAGGGAGAGAGUCCACUGGAGCUCAGAGGGUUUGUGUAUGCAUUACAUGGUUAAUGGCAAAGCCUCUCGCAUCUUAUUUGUAGAAAGUCAGAGUGCCACUGCUGGAAUCUACCAGUAACUGACAGAAAAACUCAUGCCUGUGAAACCAUUGACUUUCUACAAGACUUAUUUACUAUGACUGGAGAACAUUUACAUACCAGGCAGAGCUCACGAUCUGGUUUCAUAAGUCAGCAACACGGACAGUUAGUAGUGAACACACAGUGCUGCCAACAUGUUGGUGGUUAGCCAGCUGGUGGGUGGACAUCUGGCAAAAUGCCCUAAACUCAAAAACAGUUUUAACUGGCCGGGAACAUACCGAGUCACAUACAGCUGAUCUGUCCUGUACAUGAGCAUGUCUGUCAGCACUUACGAGCAUCCACCAUCAAUGCUGUACAGGAGUCAACAUCUGUUCUCUCAAGAACUCAGACAAAGCUCAUUGUUUUUGUAGGGUAAACAUACUAAAGGGGCAAUCAUGAAAUCUUCAGUCUACAUUAGAACCCUGGUGUGUUUUAUAACUGUCGUUAAUGUCUGGCCAGGUUUUACUUUCAUCUCAGUGAGCAUGGGACAACUGAAUUUUGUAACUAUUUGUUUAAAAGUGUGGGGACAUGUUCAUCACGACAGAGGAUUUUAAAGGAAAGGCCUGGUUAUUUUCAGAGUUUUAAUAUUCUAACCUUUGUCACACUGAUCUCUUCUGAUUAACUUCUGUUCACUGAAACAGUCCAACUCUGUCUCAUAUGAAACCAGGCCUAAAUCUAUAUCUAAUAAAACAUAUUUAAAUGUGCUAGAUCUGGAUUUGUAUUUGGAUCGGCAUCAAGGUGCACUCACUCAUAGAUACCAGAUCCAGGCAUCAUUCCCUGCAACGUUAACAUAAACAGUUUGAAAAUACCCAAAACUGGAUGAGACAAUAGUCUCCUGGUGUUUCGGUGGAAAUCUGCUCAGUGAUUUUUGCGUAAUCCUGCUGACCUAUGUCUAUAUACUGCUAUGGUAACAUGAAAAUGAAAGAUUUGGGUUCAAAAUGAUUGAAAAUGAUUAACAGAGUGGGGGAAUUAGGCUGUUGCAGUGGCAGAAAGUAAUAUUUUGAAACUAAAUGAGAAUCUAUAGACAGAUAUAGCACUUAAAUAUUAAAAAUGAGGCCAACAUAAAUUAUUGGAUUUACUAUUUAUUACCCUUAUUGAAACGGCCAGUAACAUGAUCUAUAAUCUAGUGUCUCAGGAUAAACACAUGAUUUGGAUGAGUGUUUCCCUUCAAAACACUUGGAGCGUUUCCUCUGCCAAAGCAGGAAAGGAAAUUGUUGUGCAUAAAGGCUAGAAGAAUGGAAGACAAGGAAUGCCUAAGAAGGCAGUCUAUGUGAUAAGAGUGUGUGGAUGAUUUUUUCCAAAAUCACAACUGCAUCGACAUGUUGAUCUGAAAUAAGUUUAAAGUUAGCUAACACACAAAUCUUGCAUGGUGAUCCAGUUCUGCUAUCGGUCCACUGUGACUGGGAGAAAUGUUGACAUUUUUAAGUCUACAGAAUUGGAUGUUGUAGUCCUUUGUGCCAUAAUCUCAGAUGAAAAUUUAUGCUUCUUCUGAGACAUGAUGUAAUGUAACAUAAUGGCUGAGAAAUGUUCUUCAUUUAUUUGUGUAUUUAUUUAUUUAUUUAUUCAUUUAUUUAUUCAUUUAUUUAUACCAUUUAACAUAAUUAAAUACAAAUUGAACAGAAAUGAAAGAAAUGG